AUACUUCAAUACUAGGGAAGAAGAGUGAAUAUAAAUCUAAGAGGGACAUUCACGAUUAUCAACGGUAUCCUUGAAACGUCUCUAAUCAAUUAAGCUGUCUACCUUGAAAAUUCCUGCACUGCUUUCCUGCAGUAGAAUGCGCAAGUAAUUUUAAUACAGAACACUAGUAAAGAACCCACUAUUGAACAUUAUCAGUUUUUAAAAUCAUAAAUGGUUGAUCAGACAAAGCUUCUAAAAAUGCUGUUGUUAAUCAGACAUGCCGCUCUAAAAAUAAAAGGUUUCAACCACAGGACAUCUGAGAGAGAUCUUUAGAUGACAAAAGAUAUGAUAGCUAUGUAAUCCCGGGAUUGACGACAUAAAAAUCUUAAACAUUGGACAUUUUCGCAUGGAAAUAUUAUCUUUAGAUGAAAAUGAGAUUUGAAUUGUUAAACAUGAUGCUACUCAUUUUAAAUGUUUCUGGUUCCGAAGAAUUGAGCGAAGAGCAUAUUUUUGAGAUAGAUUUUGAUACGUUUAAGUUCGAGCAAGACGACCCAAAACUUGUUGAGUAUGUGAAAAGUCGUCUUCUAAUUAAAACCGGAACAUCUAGUGGACAAAAUUUGAAUUUGAGCAGAAGAAGUUCGAAUAUGCGAGGACAGUUUGAUCAAGCGGUGGAGGUUGAUCAAAUUUAUAACAGCUCUCUCCGGGACGGAUUCUUCAUUGAGGCAGGGGCCUGGGAUGGAGAACAUAUCAGUAAUACCCUCCUUCUUGAGGUAAAAAGAGAUUGGUCUGGAUUACUAAUAGAACCAAAUCCAGAAACUUUUAAAUCACUAAAAGGAAAAAACCGAAAUGCCUGGAUAUCUCCUGCAUGUUUAUCAACAACAACCAGACCAAUUAUUAUAGAUUUUAAGCUGGACGGACUACUAGGAGGUAUUGUUGGUAACCAGGAUAAGAAAACAGAUUCCGAAUAUUCUACAGUUAAGGUUAGCUGUGUUCCACUGUACACAAUGCUACUUGCUCUAAACAAUCCGACUGUUCACUAUUUCUCAUUGGAUAUAGAAGGGGCAGAACUAAAGGUGUUAAAAACAGUUCCUUGGAACCUGGUGGAUAUCUGGUUGCUGGGUAUAGAGUCUAAUCAUGUUGGAGAACUAGACAGUAUGGAAUCAAGAUCUGAUAUUAUUGAGUUUAUGGUUGCUCAAGGAUAUAGACAUAUUGGAACUGUUGGUAUAGAUGACUUCUUUGUUAAACCAGACAAGGUUUAUGUAACUGAUGAACUAUUUCUGUAUCUACAACAGCUUCGACAAAAACAGUAUUAUGCAUUAAAAGAUCAAUAGUGAAUUAAGUCCUUUAUUACAGCUAUAAAUAUUGUUAAAAAUGUGAAUAUUUGUGAUAAGAUUUAAAAUAGAUAUCUUACAUUGUUU